AUGUCCAACAAUGUCGCCCACAUUGCCACACGCGUCUCUACCGUCGAUGGUGCCCCCGAUCCUUACGAUCAUGAGAUCUCUUUAAUCGAUGCCACUACAUCCUCAGACCAAGCAGACCAAAGAUCAGCUUCUCCAAGUCCAAGUUGGCGACAACUAGCAAAAAAACCUACAAAAUCUUCUCUGAAAGACCACCUUGUACGGAGAAAAUAUGCAAAAUGGCAAGAAGAUCGUCUGUCCUCCAAGACAAGCAGUAUUGUGACUGAGGAUGAUGGCACAAAGCCAUCCACCGACACUGCCACGGCUUCAGCUCCAAAGAACGGACAAUCUCCGCCGGAAACUCGAGCAGAAACCCAAACUGUUGAUUUCGCACAGGGCGAAUCUACCGCCCGAGGUCGACAGAAGUCGGUUCGCAAAUCUCCAGGAUCAAAGAAGCACAAAGAUCGUGUCUACGAGUACGAUAUUCUUUACGAGAAUCAACGUGGUGCCUUCUUCUGUGGUAUCCCUCUUUACUCACAUUCCUCACUUAUGCCAAUCGAUCCAAGCCCGUGGGUGAACAAGGACUACAAAGACUCGCCCGUCAAUAUCACUAAUGCUCAAGUCCCAGACCCUAGCUGGGAAUGGACCUGGAAAUCUUGGUACGUGGAUAUGAGUCACGACGUUGACGAAGAAGGCUGGCAAUACUCGUUUGCUUUUGGUCGAAAAUUCGCCUGGCACGGAACCCAUCCCUGGUUUCAUUCUUUUGUGAGACAACGCCGUUGGUUGAGGAAAAGAUCAAAGAAGGACCCUGAUCAUGGUACGCGCAGGCCUGGUUCAUUGGGUGCUGCUCAUCACUUAACUGGUGAUUAUUUCACCAUUCAUUCCAAGAGAGAUCGGAGCCCAGUAAGUGCGGUCGAUGGGCCAGGUAAAACCGCCCGACCCACUAGCUACAUGAGCUUUCAAAGUACUCUCGACUUGGAGCAGCCACCUGAAGAUGUCAAGGACAUUGCCAGUCUACUCAAAGCUCUCCGCUUCGCCACAAUUGACCGAGAGAAGGUAGAAGUGGUCAAGAAAUUCGUGGAUCAGGGUGGAGAAGAACUCGCAUACCUCAAGGAUCAUAUUCAAGACAUCAUGUCCUUUCUUGUCUUCCAGAACUCAAGGCGACAACUGUUGUCCUUUCUCAAGGAGACCGCGAAUGAAGCUCGCCAGCAUCGUCAGAAACACAAAGACGAUGACAAACCCGAGGACGAUACAGAAAGUCGAAGAAUUGAUAAUCUCCUGGCAGCUGUUGAAGCUGCCAAUGCCCAGAUUUCCGGAUUGGAAUACUGGAGUGACAGAAAGGAUAUUUUAAAGACCGUGGAUGAUGAGAGCAUGGCAAUUCAAGCUAUUUCGACAAUUUUUGACGAGCCUGCUCCAAAACCGCGGCCCGAUGACGAUCCGGUCAAGGAGAUUCGAGGCAUAUCAUCAGAUGCAGAGAUUAAACCAGAAAAAUCUCCCAUGCGCGUCAAAGUUUUUCAACAGCUCAAUCAAAAUAAGGAGCAGAAAGAAGAAAAGGUCGAUAAGGGGAAAGAACGAGAACAUGACAGUGAAGAUGAUCAGGUUGAGGAUAACUCGGAUUUACGAUUGAGGGUGGACCAGGUAUUGAUUCCUGAGAAAGACUAG